AUGCUUCAAUACGGAGAACGCGUACCCGGUAUCCUUCCUCGCCCUGGCUCGAUGAAGAGAGCCCCAGGAGUCAGCAACCGCACUUCGUCUGGGACUCCACUAUCUUACUGUCCCCAACCUCUGUCUGUGGACCAGUUCACGCCUGUGCGCAAGCUCGGCAAGGGCGGCUUCGGCACUGUGUAUCAUGUCAAGGAUGGGCUCAGUGGGCGCGAUUAUGCUUUGAAGAUCGUCGAUAAGUCUACGGUGAAGCCGCAGCACGUUGAUCUCAUCCUGCGCGAGCAGAUUGCGCAUCGGGCUCUCUCAGCUUCAGAUAGUCCAUCUUAUCUUCCUAUGCAUGCAAGUUGGCACGAUACCGGUUACUUCUACAUGCUUACGGAAUUACAAAGUCAGGGUGACCUACGAAGCGAUAUGAAGCGCACGGGCGUCUACUCUCGCGACAAGGUGGCCGUCGUGGCCGCCGAACUCCUCUUAUGCAUCGAGGACCUUCACUCGCGUCGCAUGAUGCACCGCGACUUGAAGCCGGACAAUAUCCUCAUCGGCGAUGAUGGUCAUCUCAUGCUUGCCGACUUUGGUAUGAUCAGAAUGUUCGUCGAGCCGGAAGCCCCGAGCGCUAUGAACACUUGGUCGUCGGGUCUAUACGCCCUCGCUGCGAACAUGGACGACGAUACCGAGACGCUCAUGGACGUUACGAAGCUUCCGUGUGGUACACCACGGUACAUGGCGCAGGAGGUGUUGGAGGGGAAGUGGUACUCAUAUGGCGCUGAGCUAUGGUCUGUGGGCGUCAUCCUCUACAUGAUGCUCACUGGACGGGUGCCAUACAAGGCGACGAAGAACGACAGGAAGACCCAGUUGCAGGUUCUUAUGACGAAAAGGCUCACGUUCGUCGAUGGAGAGCUUGACCGCUGGGCUGAAGAUCUCAUUCGCGGGCUCCUGCGUAGAGAUCCUUUUCAACGUUUGACGAUCGCGCGCGCGAAGAUUCAUCCCUUCUUCGCUAAGGUAGACUGGUCGUCAUUGCGUAAGGGUCGUGGUGUCCUGCCAUACACUGCAAAGCCCGCGUCCGUCUCCUUCACUGACACGGAGGUCAUCAGCCUCGAUAUGGGCUCUCCUUACGGCGGCGAUAUGGGUCCCGACCCUUAUCCAGGGUUCACCUUCUCAUCUGGCGGCUUCCAAGUCGAGCGCUUCGCCGCGUCUCUCGUCCCUCCUCGGCCAAGCAUCGUCGUGCCUCCUCCUGCUCCAUCGCGUCCACUGCGCCCCGUUCUUCAGCAACAGACCCUCCGUGCUCCACGUCCGCUCAGCAUGCUUCCAGUGCCUGGCAGCAUCCGGAAACUCUUCUCUCGCGAAGAGGACAAAGAAAUGACGCGCAUCAAGGAAAUAUUAGGGAAGGAGAACUCCAGAGAGUCCAGAGAGUGGCUGCUACCACACGAACAUGUGGAACGGGCGAAGGCUCGCGCUCCACCUCCCAAUCUAGCGGAGCGGCGCCGCGUUGGACGGCCUGGCGCCCAAGGCAAGCCCGACGUGCACUACGAGGAGGGAUUGGACAGUAUUGGAGAGUGGCGUUCGCGGCAUAGAAACGCCCUACGGGUCGAGUCCCGCGCGCCGCGUCCCACCAUCGGUCGUGAGGCGGAGCGAAGGGCCGGUGUGAGGAAGGACGUACGUUCUGUAUUCGGAGCUAGCAACCGUUGA